AUGCCUGUAAAACCGGCACUCGUUUUGAUUUAUGAUUACAUGGCAGUGAUAAACCAGACUUUCUUUACUGGGUUUGUUUUGUUAGGAUUUUCAGAUAAGCAGGUUCUCUUUUCCUUGAUGAUCCUUAUGAUUUAUCUUAUGAUAAUUGUUGGAAACCUGACCAUCUUUAGCGUCAUCAAGAUUGACAUUCAUCUUCACACGCCAAUGUACUUUUUUCUCAGUUAUUUAUCGAUAUUGGACGUCUGUUACUCUACCGCUACCCUCCCGGCUAUGUUGGCCAAUGCCAUAACAGGCAACACAAGAGUGUCCUUUAACCUUUGCUUUACUCAGCUCUACUUUUUUGUCUCUCUGGGUGGGUCAGAAUGUCUUCUCUUGGCUGCAAUGGCCUACGACAGAUACGUGGCAAUAUGCAAUCCUCUCCUCUACCCUGUAGUCAUGAACAAGGCGUUCUGUUCCUACUUAGUUGCAGGAUCUUGGUUCUGUGGAUUCUUGAACUCUGUUCUUCACACCACAUUGACAUCUAAGGUGACUUUUUGCAGUCAUCGGCAUGUUCAUCAAUUUUUCUGUGAUGUUCGGCCCAUUUUGAAGGCUUCUUGUGCUGAUACACACACCAGCCAAAUGGUACUUUACAUACUCAAUAUUUUUCUUGGCAUAACUCCUUUUGCAUUUGUCAUUGCUUCCUAUACACAGAUAAUUUCAACCAUUUUGAAAAUCCACUCAGCCGCAGGCAGAAAAAAGGCCUUCUCCACUUGUUCCUCCCACAUCAUAGUUGUUACCGUAUUCUACGUGGCUGGCAAUUUCAACUAUAUUGGUCCAAAUCCUGGGGAGUCCUUUGAUAUCAUACGACUGUCUUCCAUUUUCUAUAGUGUUCUCACCCCUCUGUUUAAUCCGGUUAUUUACUGUCUGCGGAAUCAAGAGGUGCAAAGGGCCUUAAAAAAAAAGUUGAUGGGAAAUCAACACUUUACAGUUAUCACAGGGAAACAGAAGGGGGAAUAUGGAAGCCCCUGA